AUAUGCCAUCCAGUGUUCACAUUUUAUUUAUUAGUUAUUGCAUUAUAUUUAAUACUCCUUAAUGGUAAUAUAUUCUAAUGAAAGUAUUUAGUAAGAGUAAUAGUUAUUAAAAAUUGUAAUUCACUCCCAUGUUUAAAAACGGUCUUAUGAACGAAUACUGAAUAAGCGCUUCCUAAAUUUUAUCAAAAUGGCUUGUGAUAACUUAAUAAAUUCGAAUGCUGAUUCUGAAAUGGAAGAAGGAGAGAUAGUCGACGAAUUAGACGAGUUGUCUGACAUAUCUUCAGAAGAGGAGUUUUUGCUGCGGCAACGUUUGCAGGUUUUGGAGAAUUACAAUAAUGUAUUGGAAAGAAAAGAAGCCAAAAGGACCUCGAUUGGGCCAGGUAAAAGUCAUAGAAGAGUAGAAGCAACUUAUGAUCAAUAUGAAAUUUCUGGUACAGAUGCUGAUGAUGGUUUUCCAAACUUAAAAUAUAGGAACACUAAAGAGCACAAACAAAAUAGAUUAUAUAAACAAAAGAAAAUUAAACAGACAAUAAACGUAAGGUACAGAGAGAGUAAGAAGAAAGGACAACGAAAGAAAAAAGUCGAAGUUAAAAGUAACUCAGAUACAAGUGACAUAUCUGACGAUGAAUACAAGAAUAAGAGGCGGAAGCUAGCUGACGCGGUCACACUGAAUAAAGCAAAGAAUGACACAACAACACUCAAAGACCGAAUUAAUCGUAUGCUAUGUGUGUCGAGGACUGAAAACCAUAUCAUUAAUAUAAAUAAUAACACUGUAGAAGGUAUGAGAUUAGAAAAUAAGAAAGAUAAACUCGAGGUAUGCAAGCGGCAACAAGAGAACAUUAAAACAACAGAUGAUCCCCCCAGUAAUACGAAAUCUUGUGAGUUAAUAGACUUGUGUACAGAUGAUUCUAGCUUAGUUUCUCUAAGCGGUGUAGACACCGUUGAUUCGGUGCCAACAGAAAAAAGUAUUGAAGGGAACUCUGACGAGGAUUUAGAGGUUUUGAGGCAACAUGCUCUUAAAACUAAGAGUAAAACAACAGAAAAGACUAACAUUAAUAAAGAAAUUACUGAAAAUAAACAAAAUUUAUCAGAAGAAGAGGAUAGCGACACUGCCGAGCUUAGGCUUAUUUGUUUGAAGUCAGCAUUAUUAAAGAAAGCCAUAGAAAUGAAAAGGAAACAGAAGCUACAGAAGAGAUUAUCCCAAUCAGUGAGCGAUAGUUUUGAUGUAAAAUGCGACAACGAAAUUAAUAUUGACAAUAAUACUGAUGUGGAAUCCGUUGAUAUGGAUAUAGGUUCUGAUGCUGAAGACAAAGGAAAAAUCACUGAUUGUAACCACGAAAACGGCAACCAGAAUAUUCUAGAAGAUAAUUCAUGUAAAAAGAAACCUCACAAAGACGAUGAGCUAGAAGAAGAUGAAGAUCUAUUGAGAGCGAAACUAUUGACUUCCUUAAGUAAAAACCUACCGAACUUAUUGAAUAUUAAUGUAUUAAAAUCCGCUCUAGACGGUUCGGAAACUAAGAAAGAAUCUGUUAAGGAAAUCAAAAGUGAUAAAAUCAAAGAUGUUCCAUCCGCAGCAGUGCCAGAAGAAAAGAAAUUCGUUAUACAGCUAGGCGAUUCUGAUUCAGAGGGCGAGCAUGAGGCGACCAAGAAUUUAACUAAAAUGCACCUCAAAUUGUCCGAGCAGGCCGAGUUUCAAAUGAAAUUAGACAAUUUAUUGAAAUCAGUUAGAAAUAAGACCGAGGAAACAUCUCUACCUGAUGUUGUACAGCAACCAGUCAGACCAGCACACAAAUUUGUCGCUAAGGCCAUGAAUCAUCUACCAAAGUCUGAACAAAUAGAAUACAGGAAUCUGGUUAAGAGAAUGGCCGAAUUAGAGAAAAUAAAGCAAGCUAGACAAAUAACAAACAAUCAAAUGACCAAAGACACACUAAAACCUCGCAACGUUUCCAUCGACCCAAGGAAAACGAUCCCGAGCAAAAGCAUUGAAGACAAAAUAGCGCUAUCCAGAAAAAAAAUCGCCGAGGAAUCAUCAAAAAUAUUCAAACUAAAGGAAGAGGCUAAGAAAUUGUCCCAAAGGUAUAAAAUAGUGUCCACGGAACUUCGUAACAUUACCACAGCUAUCACAAUAAACAAAAAACACCAGAGAACAGUUCAGGACAGUUUGACCAGCAUAAGACUGCAACACCAGGUGCUCUUGCAACAAGGCAUCGAAAGACAUUCCAAUCGUAUACCACCAAGGGCCAAUAUCAAGAUAACAACGAAGCUGCAGAAAGAAAACGACCCCAGCAAAGAAGACUAUAAAGUCGAAAAUAACUUGAAAGCGCUCAAGGUCAGCGUCGUGAACGAUCUCAGUGAGGUCGCGCUACCGACACUAUCCGUGCACUUGGAUGUUCAUACUAACAAGAAGAAUGUAAAGAUACCCUCGACUCCCUCCGCGGACCGAGUUGGUGGCUGUAACGGCGAUGACGUCACGCCAGAGGACAGAGAGAGCGAGACAGAUACACACCCGAGAUUAAAGUGCGAAGCGACGGAAAGCCCGAAAGAGAUCGCCGGAGCUAGUGACUAUGUGUCACCGCUUAACUCAUUGGAGUGUAAAAACUGGAAGGAUCCCAAUGGUGUUUUUUGCCGCUUCGAAGUCGGGGGAACUUGCAGGGAUCCCGACUGCAAAUACUACCACCCAGACACACCCUCGCAGAAAUGACAUCACAUUUACACUUAUUACACAAUGCCACAAACGCACACAUGCAACCGGACACACACACACACGUAACACAUCCGUCGCUUCCAACAACGACUCGGACCUCCAUUACGUGUAAAGUAUUAAUGUAGAUUAAUUCUUUAUAAUCAUUCUGCAUGCCAGUUUAUGUUUCUGAAAUUAUCACCUAAUUUAGAAUUUUACGCCUAACGCUUUGAUGUCACAAAUAUAUAACUAACCGCGUCACCAAGUUCGUUUAGUACACUGUUUGGUUCAGACGCACCUCGCGGUUCAUCUUAAUUUGGUUAUUUAUCAUUUGACCAUACAAUUCUAGUUGGUGCACGGAGCUGUGUCGACUUGGCAGGAGUGGUAAGUUGAGAACUUUUAACAUAGUGAUUAUUGUGAUGAAUGCUCGUGUCGCUUGAUCCGGCUUAACGGUAUACGGACGUUCCUCAUAGACUAUACAACACAUAAGUUACGAUUAAUGUGUAAAAAAUGUAAAAUAAAUAAAUAGUUACUAAUAAAAGUAAAUUAUUGUUAAA